GUGCUAGCUAAACUAAGUUAGCAGGCAGAUUCAAGACUGUUUAAAAUGCAAUAAGUAGAAUAAUUGACAUUUUGUCUGAAAAGUUUUUAGAUAUGUGGUAUUGUUGGUCAGAUUUAAGUUUGUGGAAAUGUAGUAACACUGCACCAAAGCAGUGUCUGUUUUCGUCUGAGGAAAGUUCUGGUGUGUAUCGGCUUUACUUAGUGCUCAGCGGAAUCGCGGGAGAGUAGACACACGACCUCACUGCUCAAAUAUUUCGGAUGCCUGUUUGUGGGUGAAUCAGAAUGGGAGACAAGCCAAUUUGGGAACAAAUAGGAUCCAGCUUCGUCCAGCACUACUACCAGUUAUUUGACACAGACAGGACCCAGCUCGGAGCAAUAUAUAUUGAUGCAUCAUGCCUUACGUGGGAGGGACAGCAUUUCCUUGGGAAAGCAGCAAUUGUCGAGAAGCUCUCUAGUCUGCCUUUCCAAAAAAUCGCUCACAGCAUAACUGCACAAGACCACCAGCCCACUCCUGACAGCUGUAUAUUGAGUAUGGUAGUAGGACAACUAAAAGCAGAUGACGACCCAAUCAUGGGAUUUCAUCAGAGCUUCAUACUGAAGAACAUUAAUGACGCAUGGGUGUGCACCAAUGACACGUUCCGCUUGGCGAUACACAAUUUUGGCUAAACGCACGAGAGCCUGGCAGGAGGCAUGUUAGGGGAAGGUGGAGGAUGGGGUGCCCACGCCAGUGAGGCCUAAACCUUUUUUCGAUCUGCCCAUCAUUCAUCACUCUGAAAAAAGAAAACAGCACCGGAUUGCAGUCACAGAAAAACAUGCAGGCACAUGUGUUCUUUGCAACAGAUACGAGAUGUGUUCCUUUGCUGAAAGCCCACCAAUCCAUCAAAGUGACCCUUGCCCUAUGCCUACCUGCAUGAAGUUGCGGAGCUUAAACAUCAGAGGACCGCUGGACAAGGGGAUGGGGGAAGGACAUAUUAACCCAGCAGUUGCUGUUUGAUCAUAUUUUAGUUGUUAAUUUGACAAUAAUACUUUUUAUCUUUUUUUCUUUAGCUCACUGUGUUUUCAGCUUGCUUUAGGAACAGAUUUUUCUUGUCUAACUUUUUUUUUCUGUGUAAUGUCAGGUUGCUCUAGUUAUCCAAAGACAAGUUGAAAUGGUCAUCACCCAAGCCCUAUUUGCUCAGACCAGUGUGCUUCCCAUCUAUCACUCACUGCUCUCUGUGACUGCAGCCACGAUAUACAAUAAAACCUUGAUUUUUUCUUAACAAUGUAA